AUGGGCGACCACGUCCUCUUUUUCUACGGAACCCUGAUGGCCCCUCAAAUCCUCCACAGAGUUAUCCACGGCCGCCCGGACCCAGAACCCUGGCAAAAGGGCAUGCUCUCAUUCAAGCCCGCCAUCCUGCACGGCUACCGCCGGCACCGCGUCCGCGGAGCCGAUUACCCCGGCAUCGUGCCCUGCCGGAAUGAUAUUGAAGAUUCGACAGGAGACUCCGGUAGCGCCUCGGUACUGGGGACUGUCGUAUCUGGUUUGACGGACGGGGACGUACACCGGUUGGAUGUCUUCGAGGGGUCAGAGUAUGUUAAGGAGAGGGUGAGGGUGCGGGUGCUGGCGGAGUCGCUGAGUGUGGGUGGGCGGCAGGAGGCGAGCAUUGCGAAAAACCCGGAUCGGCACCUGAAGGAUGUGCUUGAUGCGGCUGGGGCGGAGUUUGCGGAUGAGAGGGAGGAGGUGGAGGCUUUGACGUAUGUUUAUGUGGCUGGGCAGGAUCGAUUGGAGGAUGCGGAGUGGGAUUUCGAGGCCUUUAAGAGGGAUAAGAUGGCGUGGUGGGUUGACGCGGACGAGAGCGAGUGGUGA